CGGCGCCCCUGCGCUGAAGCGGGCCACUCUGCAAGGCCGCCGGCGGAGACGCGAGGGCCGCCGCGAGGAUGCCGCGCGCACCGCGGGGAAGCUGCUGGCCGUGCAGAUGCAGCGGCUCGCGGAGGAGGAGGAGGAGAAGCGCAAGCGGCGCGCAGAGGCUGCCGAGCCCGAGGAAGAGCAGGAGCAGCUGCCGAGCAUGGACCAGAUCGUGUAUGCGGACGAGCUCGGCAUGUCGAAGCAGGAGCGCCAGAAGAACAGGGUCUUCCGCAAGCAGGAUGCCUACCACCUUCCGGAGCUGGAGAACGGCAUCGAAGCCAUGGGCAAGCCGAGCGACCCGCGCAUCAUGAGCGUGGAGGAGCUGGAGGAGUACGCGAGGCAGUUCCACAACGGCGAGGACAUCAAUCUCUACGACUUCAGCAAGAUCGACUUCGACGGGGAGUUUUUCAAGAGCUUGCCGCCCGCUGACCGCUACAACAUCCUGAAUGCCGCUAGGAUUCGGAGCCGGCUGAGGAUGGGCCUGAGCAAAGACCAGCUGAACGGCAUGUUUCCGGAUCGCAUGGCUUUCUCGAGGUUUCAGAUCGAGAGAGUCCAGGAGAGGAAUAAGCUCACGCAACGCCUGAUGUACGAGAUGGGUAUGGCCGGCACCGAUUUGACCAUCGGCGUGAAUCGCAUUGCCGGCGACCGCAAUCGCGAGUAUAUCCUUGUCAAGAACGAAGGCGCCGAAGGAGGCUGGGCUCUGGGUGUCGUCAGCAGGGACAAAGACAGGGGCCAGAUUCACAAGCCCAUAGAUGUCGACGCGUUGGACUUCCAGUACCAGGGCCAGGACGACGAGGACGAAUGGGAGGAUGAGGAAUUCGAGGAUGUCCCCAUCGAGGGCCUGAACAGGUUGCCCAAGCCUAGGGCGGAUGAUGCAGAUGAAGGGCUUUUCGUUGACAACGACAACGCAGGCAAGCUCUUCGAAGACGAUGAUGUCGUCCAGGCCGAUGAGGACGAAGACCUCAGCCGGGCCAUUGCAUUAUCGCUCCAAAACCAGCACGGAGAAGGUGUGCGGAAUGGCGAGGAAGGGGACGAAGAACUCGAGGACGCGCCAGCGCCGGAGUGGACGCAAAAGGCCGUGGAAGUGCCGAAACCCAUCUCUGGCACCAACACCAGCGGGCGGAUAGUCGCACACAUCGUGAAUAACAGAGCAAACGCUGCCGUCCCAAGGCGCCGAGACAGCGGGAGCAGCGACAGCGACGUCGAUCUCCAGGCAGCGCUGGCGGCAGCGAGGAAGAAGCAGCCGAGGGCGCAACCCGCAAGUGUACCCGCGCCCGUCAAGCCAAAUUUCAAGAAUCCAUUCGAUGGGCCGCUCCCGUUUGAGAAGCUCGACUGGCGAGGCGUCUUUGGCGGGAGAAAGGGAGCACCAGCGGAAGAGAAGCCAGACAGUUCCAAGAAGCCCCAGGAGGUCGAGACCGGUGAGCUGGAGGCUGUGUCUGACGACGAGGCCGGGGGGUUUGAGCGGGAGCCCUCUGAUGGCGUGCCCGUACCCGUGCGCGACGAAAAGGACGAUAAUAAACCGCGACCGCUGCCGCCGUGGUUGAUGGACGAUACGGAUAUUCGGGAGUCGGUGAAGAAGCAACAGGAGCUGGAAAGGCAGAUGAAUGCGGAGGAUGAGGACGUGGAAGAGCUGCGGUUUCGACAGGACCACGACGACGACGUCAUUGAGAUCGAGUCUUCCAGCGAGGAGGGGAGCGAUGUGGAGAUCUUGGAUGCGCCGCCUCCGGCUAAGCCGCCCAGCGUUAAGAUGCCCGGAGCCAGUCUCCCCUCGGUGGAGGAUGAUGCUGCGACGCAAUCAGCCCGGAAAAACCCUACGGAUUCUGCUGCUGCUGCUGCUGCUGGUAUAUUUAGCCAGGCCGAGCCUGCCAUGGGAGAAUCGGAGGACGAAGAAAUAGAGUUUGAGGAUGUGGUUGUGCCUGGCGAACCGGAGCAAGCUGUUGAAGCGCCGACCCAAGAUGCCGAGAUGUCGGAAGAAGCCCGAAUCGAAGUCGAGCUGUUCGGCGAGAGUACUCCUCCCCCGACGCAACAAGUCAGAACUGAAGGAUUGGCCGCGCCCCGCGAAGGGUCGCCUGUCGACCCCGAUGCGCCUGGGCCCGAGGAAUUCGACGACUUCAGCGACCCCGAGGAGGAGGAACUUCUGGCACAGAUGGCCGAGGAGGCCGAAGAGCACGCUCGGUUUGCGAGCCAACUGAACAGCAAAUCCCAGCGCGAGAACCAGGAAGCCUACGAAAAAGAGCUGCGGGCUUUGCGCACCCAACAGAAGAAGGACAGACGCGACGCAGACGAGGUCACCCAGGUGAUGAUCACCGAGUGCCAGGCUCUGCUUCGCCUGUUCGGCAUCCCCUAUAUUACGGCGCCCAUGGAAGCCGAAGCGCAGUGCGCCGAACUGGUCCGGCUUAACCUGGUCGACGGCAUCGUGACGGACGACUCGGACACCUUCCUCUUCGGCGGCACACGCGUCUACAAGAACGUGUUCAAUGGCAACAAGUACGUCGAGUGCUACCUGGCCAAGGACCUCGAGACAGAACUCUCCCUCUCGCGGGAGCAGCUCAUCGCGCUCGCGCAGCUGCUCGGGUCGGACUACACCGAGGGGCUGCCCGGCGUGGGGCCGGUGACGGCGCUGGAGAUCCUCUCCGAGUUCCCCGGCCGCGACGGCCUGAGCCAGUUCAGGGACUGGUGGCAAGACGUGCAGACCGGCGGGCGCCCCAAGGAGGCGGACGCGGGCUCGCCCUUCCGCCGCAAGUUCCGCAAGGCGCACGCCACCAAGCUGUUCCUGCCCCUCGGCUUCCCCAACGCGGCCGUGUUCGACGCCUACCUGCGCCCGGAGGUCGACAACAGCCCGGAGCCGUUCCAGUGGGGCGUGCCCGACCUGGACGGGCUGCGCCAGUUCCUGAUGCGCACCAUCGGCUGGAGUCAGGAGCGCACGGACGAGGUGCUCGUGCCCGUGAUACGCGACAUGAACCGGCGCGAGGUGGAGGGCACGCAGAGCAACAUCACGCGGUUCUUUGACGGCAGUGUGGGGGUCGGUGCCGCUGCGAAGGAGGCGUUUGCGCCGAGGCAGAGAGCCGCGGGCGGGAGUCGCCGGAUGGCGGAUGCGGUUAGUCGGUUGCGCGCGAGGACGGGUGGUGGUGGUGGUGGGUUAUCGGGGGCGGGCAUGCCUGUUGCGGCGCCGCCGGAGCCGAAGUUGAAGAAGGGCGGGAGGAAGCGGAAGGCGAGGGAGGUAGCUGUUGUGGAGGAAGAGGGGGAGGAGGAGGACUAUGAGGAAGAGGGGACACAGGGUGAGGGUGGUGAAGUGGAUGGUGGUGAUGGGGACUCGAAGGCGCAGUGCAAGAGGAAGAGGACUGGCAGGGGUAAGAAGUCGAAAGCGUGACCCAACAUCUCUCGGACUCCAGUGCUGCAGGAAUCUUGCCUGCCGUUCGAAGAUUAUAGAGGUCCAUUGUUCUAGGGUCCCUUCAGCCGGCAUGGAUCUCCUUGGCAUCGCAUCUCCUCUGCCGUGAGAUGAAGCUGCAGGUGAUGACUGAGCAUGGCGGUACCGGGUCAUAAGUGUGCCACUCGAACAAUGCAGCGAUGCCACAUACCAGGCAGUACUAAGGGGCCGAAUCGAGAUGGAAUCAACGUGUCAGGUGUCGUUUGACAUACCACUCAGUGCCCACCUGGUCUCUCUGCUUGUAACAACAAAGGUUGGCCAAG